AUGAAACUAUUUAUUUUAUUAAUUUUUAUAUUCAUAAAUAUUUAUAAAGUUUUUGGAAAUGCAAAUUUAAAAAACAACAUCAAUAUAAACAAUGAUAACAGUAAUAGUGAAAAUGUUCAAAAUGCAACUCCAAAUCCCACAUCAAAUAUUAACUUAAUAAACCCAAGUGAGUUUAAUAAAUUAAGCCAAGGAGAAAAGCAAGUUUAUUUUUUAUCAAGAAUACGUUUAUAUUUAAAUAAUCAAGAUUAUGAUUUAAAAUAUUUAGUUAAACAUAUCGAUUAUGAAAUAUAUCAAUUAUGUAGUUUUUAUAAAGGAUAUUGUUAUUCAGAAAGUCUUACAAAGAAUAGCAAGAUCACAAUGACCAUUGAAGAUGCAACAAAAAAGAUUCAACGUGAAGACUAUAGA